AUGAGGGGAAAAAAAGUAAAGUUUGGCUCUCAAAUGCUGAGGGGUGCAGCUCUUACCUGGUGGAACAUUGUCAUCUCAACCAUCGAGGUUACGGAAUUAGCCAAGAUGAGUUCGACCACAUCUAAAGAAAAGGCAAUGGAAGAAUAUUGCAACGAACAAGAGAUGGACCGCAUCGAAGAAGAGUUUCGAACCCUUAAGAAGGGAAAUUUUUCAGUAAGGAACUACACCCGACUCUUCAUGAAAAAGCUAAAUUUGGUGGGACACGUGGCCCCAACGGAGAAAGAUAAGAUGAAAGCCUACCUCAAAGGGCUACCUGCGGACAUGAUGGUGAUGGUUAGGAACUCCAGAGCUUCCACCCUCAGGGAGACAAUCGAAGAAGCCAAGGUGUUGGAAUCGGUUUAUGUUAAAGGAAAAGAAGAAAGGAUGUCGAGUGGAGAGAAGAGGAAGUGGGAAGGGCCUUACGCACCAUCCAAAAAGCCAAACCACUUUGGCAACUACAAUUGCGGAGCCCAUCCUAAACAAGAGGCUAGAUGGUGUCCCAAAUGCCGCAGUAAGCAUCACGGCCUGUGUAGCACCAACUCUACCCCCACCAAAUGCUUUAGGUGUGGGAAGGCAGGCCACACACGGAACGAGUGUCCAAUCAAGGGACCCAUAUGUUUUGGAUGUGGAGAGCCGGGCCAAUUCAAGAAUGAUUGCUAA